AGUCCUUCAAUUUAACAAGACUGAACCCGGAGGCUAUUCCUCCUCAAAGAAUACUUUUAAAAAUGCAUGAAUUUAUUUAUUUUGAUCUAUUAUUCUGUUGUUGGUCCAGUUACCUCCUGUAAUAGCUUGAAUUUUUCGUGCUGCUUUACAGUCAAAUACUCCGAGACGCAUGAAAUAAUAGGGGCCUAUCUGUUACACAAUUCGUGCCUACACGAUUAAGCAUAAAAUUCAACCUGCGCAAACUAUAGUGUUCACAUUUUGGAUAAAAAUGAAGAAGGUAAGCCCUAUAUUGUUGAUGUUCGUUCUGGUGUUGUGUGACUGCAGUUGUCCGCCAACUUGGUACGCUUUUCCUGACAACCGUUGUAUAAAGGUCGUCCAGUCCGAUUUGUUAACACUACACCCAGACGCCGAUGAUGUUUGUGCGAAAUACGCUGUUGGCACUGGCAUCGCACGUUUAUUGAUCCCUCAAUCCAAUAACGAUUUCAAAUUGUUGGCAGUUGGAUUCCCGUGGAUUGGUCCUUACACACUAGGAUGGAAGCUGUUAGUGGACGAAAGUAUGCCCGGAACUGUAACUGUUAUUAGAGAUACAGAAGGGAAUACCGUACCUGUUAUACCUGACUACCCAUCUCUAUCCCCCAUGCUAACCGGAACUGAGCAGUGUGUUUAUAUCGACGACAAUGUUGUUCAGAAUGGAUGUAUGAAUUCAGUCGGUUAUAUCUGCGAAAUGAAUUCAUGCGGCGGAUAUUAGGCCUAAUACAUCGAUCUACGUUAUAGUAUUAUCACUAUUAUCGUCUAGGUUGGAAUAAUUGGGUAAUAGCAUGAAUUGGUAGAUUAGAAAUACAAGAUAGAGGCCCUCCACAGUCCGAUAGAAUAUUGUGAUUCGAU